AUAUAUACUCGAGGAUUGGAUGUGCCCUGCAUCCGCCGUCCUCGUCGCCGCCCUGGCCGUGCUCCUCUUCCGCUGCCAUGCUCGCCGAGGCGACAGCGGCGAUCCCUCCCCUCCCCAGACCCCGCCCCGCUUUCUCCGCCAGUUCUCCUACGCUCAGCUCCGCCGAGCCACCGCCUUCUUCGCCCACUCCCACUUCCUCGGCCACGGCGGCUUUGGUCCGGUCUUCCGAGUCGCCCUCCCUUCCGGCGAGGAAUUCGCGGUCAAGGUCAUGGACUCCUGUGACUCCCUUCGCGGCGAGCGUGAGUUCCUUAACGAACUCGCCCUUGCCGCCCGGUUCCUCUCCGUGCCAUCCGCCGCCUCCGCCGUCGUCCCGGCUAUCGGAUUCUGCGUCGUCGACGGCGACCGGGAGCACCGUCGUCGUUGGUGGCGAUGGUGGCGCCGGGAGGACGCGGUCGACGCGUUGGAGGCCGUCGGGGCAUCGCCGAGGCGGCGGCAGCAGCGGAAACUCAUCUUAGUCUACGAUCUGAUGCGAAAGGGGAGCCUCCAGGACGCGCUGCUGGAACGCCGGUGCCCGGAGAUGAUGAAUUGGGCGAGGCGGUUUGCCGUGGUGCGCGACGUCGUCCGCGGCCUCCACUUCCUCCACGCCGCUUGCGAUCCACCGGUGAUCCAUGGCGACAUCAAGCCCAGCAACAUCCUCCUCGACGACAGGCUCGCCGCCAAGAUAGCCGACUUCGGCCUCGCGCGCCUCCAUCGCGUCCCCCUCUCGGCCUCCGAGGACGAAACCCUAGGCAUCUCGGUCGCAAAGACCGGGGAGAGCGCGACGUCAACGGAAACGGGGUUCGAGGACGUCGAGGCAUACGGCGCGUCGGAUACGUCGGCGGCCUCGCCGGCGACCACUGUAGAGCCGGCGUCUGCUUCGGAGGUCGAAGCUCUUCUAGAUAGCGUCAGCAUCGAUGAAGAGAUGGGCGAGGCGAUUCCCGGAAGCGAGGAUGGCAGCCGCAAGAAGAAAAUUGGGGCUUUUCCAGGCAGAGACUGGUGGUGGAAGCAGAAGUCGAAAUCUGUGUCUUGUGACCGUGCCGAGGACUAUUUGACGGAGUGGAUUCAAUCGGAGACCAAGAAGGAAGCUCCGACAUGGGAGAGUGAUGAUCAGGCAACAGGGAAGAAGAACAAGAAGAACAUCAUUCGUCGCGGAGCCGAAUGGUGGGCAUCACUGUAUCAAGAGUGGUGGCUAAAGAGGGGAAACAAGAGCCGGCCGACGAGGGAAUGGUGGCGAGAGGAGUUCUACGAGGAGCUGCUCCUGCGCCGCCAUAAACCGAAGCCGGAAGCAUUCACCAAGUCUAAGAGCACCAAUUACGGCAGCAGAGAGCAGCUACGGCGGUGGCAGAACGAUGAGCACUCCACUUCUCCUCUCCAGAAAAGGAGGAGGAGCAAGAAGAACCAUAACCAGUGCCGUGAUCCCGGUCGCCGUGUAAAUUCUUGGAUCGAUCAAUUUAGCGGCGAAAUCAACACAGUCGAAAGGAGUCAAAGAAGGAGCAGCAGCACACUGAGCCGGAGGGGCACCCUCUGCUAUCUCGCCCCGGAGCACAGUGGCAGCAGCGGGAUGCUAACUGAGAAGUGCGACAUCUACAGCUUUGGCGUUCUUCUCCUGGUCAUCGUUUCCGGCCGACGACCACUGCAAGUGAUGGCAUCCGUCGCUGCAUCAGACCGGGAGCGAGCUAACCUCAUGUCAUGGGCGAAAUAUCUCGCUCGUUCUGGGAGGCUUCUUGAUCUCGUCGACCCUGGUCUCUGCGCUGUCGACAUGGAGCAAGCUCUUCUCUGCGUCAAGGUUGCGCUUUUAUGCCUGCAAAAGACUCCAUCCGCUCGCCCAACCAGCGAGGAAAUACUCAGCAUGCUUAAUGGUGAAUCAGAGCCUCCAAUCCUCCCCCUCGAAUUCUCGCCGCCGACGAGAAUCAUCGGCGAGUGAAGUUAAACUGAUAGUUUAAUGCUACAAGUAACCAUCUAUUAUUUAAUUGUUCAUUGUAAAUCAUUUCAACAAGUUAAUGUAGAAAGGAUUGAACAGGAGGCCAUAUACAAUGUGAAUAUUUUUAAAUAGUUAAAUAUGAAAUCACAAUCAGAACAAAUUAAGAUA